AUGGAUAGGAAUGGACGUAUAUGCCACACAUAUUGGGAGGUGAUUGGACGUACAAGUCACCCAGAUAGAGCGGAGAAAGGACGUACAAGCUACACAGAUAGAGAGGAUGGACGUACAAGCUACAAAGAUAGAGAGGAGAAUGGACGUACAAGCUACACAGAUAGAGAGGGGAAUGGACGCACAAGCUACACAGAUAGAGAGGAGAAUGGACGUACAAGCUACAAAGAUAGAGAGGAGAAUGGACGUACAAGCUCCACAGACAGAGCGGAGAAGGGACGUACAAGCUACAAAGAUAGAGAGGAGAAUAGACGUACAAGCUACACAGAUAGAGCGGAGAAUGGACGCACAAGCUACACAGAUAGAGAGGGGAAAGGACGUACAUGCCAAACAGAUAGGGAGGAGAAUGGACGUACAACCUACACAGAUAGAGAUGAGAAUGGACGUACAAGCUACAAAGAUAGAGAGAAGAAUGGACGUACCAGCUACACAGAUAGAGCGGAGAAUUUGACGUUCAAGCUACAAAAAUAG